GUCAUAGCUGCCUUCAUUAACUCGGGAAAAAUACACUUUCUUUUCAAAGACCACCGUUGGAAGGCUGUUGAACAUUUUCAGGAUUGACAUGUUUUUCAAACUGAAACAAACGCAUCAAAGUAACACGUUUUAUUUUGGGGUUUAUGGUGUAUAUUUUAUCAAUGACAUGUUGUAUUCGCAAACGAGGUUGCUUAAAUUGAGCUAUUUCCAACUGUAAGCGAAGGCAGCAUUCUCUCCCUGACGGCUGCCCCUUGCUGGCAGUAUGUCGGUACAACAUAGCUAGUGGCCUGCUCUACAAUGACAGUAAUUCCAUUCUAUUCUAUUCUAUUCUAGUCCACAUAAGAAUGUUGUUGUAGCGCCAUUUUUUGGCAUUUUGGUGCCAAGCUCUUGUAAAUAACUUUGCCCAAAAGAAAAACAAUCCCUCAAGACGGCAGUAAAUCACUAGGUUUGUCCAAAUCAAACUCCUUAAGUCACUUGACCAGAGUUUCUCCACAUCACGAAACUAUAAGAUAGCACCACAGUAAUAGUGAAUACGUGUGGUUUUUCAGCAAGUGACAAAUGAUAGGUUCGAAAAAGGAACGGCGAGUACGCUGGGGUGCCUUGUAAUCAUAGGAGGAUUUGGGGCCAAGAAAGGUACACAAUGUGAGGAGCCUCUGCAGAUGGGACGCCCGACAGGCAGGCACUCCCAUCUGCAUCAUCUUUGUGGCGUGUUGCACUCGGUCAAAAUGCCACUCUUUUGAUUUCCACUUAAAAGUGUGUUUCACUCUCAUACUGAAUUUCUUUCGGGUUUUGGGGUCAAAAUAUCAACUCCAGAUCGUGCAGAACCAUUGAUCCCCACGGGAGGGCGCCGCAGCCUAGCCUAGCCUAGCCUAGCCUAGCAGUCUCUGGGCGGUAGGCGGGCCCGGAGUCCAACUCCGGAUCUGAUUGGUGGAGAUGCUUCUGCACCUUGCGUCCCUCCGCACCUUGUGGCUUUUUCAAGUGGUAACGUCAAGGGAAUCUGAUUGGUGCAGACGCAUUUGGCCGCCAUCAAUCCGCGACCCGAUUGCUUGGGACGAUUCCGACGUCGGUAUUUCCUCGCGGCAAACUUUUUACCAUGCUGACUUCCCUCAAAGAAGGCUACGGUGCCGUUUGGACGUAUUGGACCGCUACUUUCGUCAAAUAUUAAUGUGAGUAGUGUUUCAGUUGUCGUGACGCUACGAAAAAUACCUUUUAAAAGGAUACGAACCGCACUUGGUCGAAUCACUUUGAAUUGAAAUGGAGUCGGCAGCAUCAACGCCGCCGGACGCAAUAGAGGAGCAACGAUUCAUCAUUUUAAUCAGAUUCGUCAUUUACCGAUGUACCAGAAAAUGAUACCAAUAAUUGUUAGUUCCCUCCCUAAAAGAUAAUCAGCCUGCUGUCAUGGAGGAUAACCAAAAAAUGGAGAAUAUGUAUUUUUGUCAAGGUUGAAAUUCCGAAGAUUUGGACAAUUUGAGAUCAACAAAGGUUUCUGAACGAUUAAUCCAUCAUCAAAAUGGUUGCGUCAAAAUGUUAUAAUCGAUCGAUGCAAGUGAAAUAUGGAAUUGUCCAAAGCGUCUGGUGCUGGAAUCAACUCAAAUGCAUUCUGUGGAUCAGGCAGUGCUGCGCUUUUGCUUGCAGAAAGUGGGACCUCCUCAUUCUUGGGCGUGAUGGAGCCAGCGCAGGUCUCUGUGCAACCUGCUCCUCGUCCGCCGCCGCCGCCUCCUCCUCCUCUCCCCCUUCCGCCGUCCUCGUCGCAGCGGCGCUCCAUGAAGAAGCUCAACUGGGACCCCAUUCCCAGCCAGCGCGUAGUGGGCAAACUCAACGUGUGGACUCUGCCCCCCAGAGACCUGGUGCUGGACACCCACAGCAUGGACGAGCUCUUCGGCCGCGUGGACCGGCGGGCCCAGGCCAGGGCCUCCCUCCGGGGACCGCGUGGCCGUGACAACGGUGACGUUUCCACGCCCCAGGCUCAGGUGAGCAUUCUGGAUGCCAAAAGGAACAUGAAUAUCGGCAUCUUCCUCCGCUAUUUUAAGAGGCCAGUGGCGGAUUUACUGGAGGACAUCGUCCAGGGCGAGUGGCGCGACUGCGGCAAAUUGAAGGAGCUGUGCAGGCUGCUGCCCGAGGAAGGCGAGGUGAAGCAGCUGCUGUCCUACAGCGGGAACCUGUCGCUCUUAUCCGAGGCCGAUCGCUUCAUGGUGGAGCUGGUCAAAAUGCCCCACUACGAGGAGCUACUGAAGACCAUGGUCCUGCGCCGGGAGUUCUCACCUCUUAUGGAGGAGGUGAACAAGUCGCUGGGCGUCAUGAUCCAAGCAGCGGACGAACUGCUGGACUGCGACGAGCUUCACGCCGUCAUCCGCUUUGUGCUGAAAGCCGGCAAUUACAUGAACGCUGGCGGCUUCGGCGCAGAGGCCAUCGGCUUCAGGAUGACAUCGCUGCUCAAGCUGGCCGACACCAAGGCCAACAAGCCAGGCGUCAACCUCCUGCACUACGUCGCCAAGCAAGCAGAGGACAUUGACUCCAACCUGCUGACCUUUCCCAGCCAGCUGACGCACCUCGGAAUGGCAGCCAGAGUGUGCAAAGAGGACGUGCUGGCGGACUUGGAGAGAGAAGUGCAGAAGCUCAAGGAGGUCAAACUGUAUGCCAGCAGACAUAUUCAACUCCACCAGCAGAUGGGGCCCUUCUUCACGCAAUGCGACGACGAGCUUUGUCACGUCAACUCGUCGCUGCAUGAGCUGGACGUGCUGAGUUUCGCCGUGGCUGAGUUCUUCUGCGAGGACCCACAAAAUUUCAAGCUGGAGGAAUGCUGCGCCAUCUUCCACAACUUCUGCCGACGCUUUCUCACCGCUGUGCAGGAGAAUCAUGAGCGCGAGGCGGCCGAGCAGCGUCGCAAGAGCCGGGAGAGUUUCCGGGUGAGCGCCAAACGCGCGCCCGCACCCCCGCCGGCCCUGGAAUCCAGCCUGGAGUCGGCCUUGCACAGCUUGCUCUCCGUCGGCAGGUGCCAGAGGAACUCCCGGUCGCCCGCGCCGCCGGAGCCUCCCACCGGGGACCACCAAAUGGCACUGAAGAGUCCCGAGAAGAAACAUGCCAAAGUCGAGGGGGGCGGCGAGGAAAAUCCGUCUACGCCACGCACCCCUCGUCCCAGAACCAGAGAUGUUUUCUUCGCAAGUAAUGGUGACGUGGGCUCCCCGUGGACCAUCCUGAGCCCGCUGACCUGCUCCCGGCGGCGACACCCUCGGCGGCGGGUCACGGCGGAUGCCGAAGAGCCAGACGACGCCUUCUGGGGAAGCGCGGCAACAGGUCCACGAGGGCGCUCGGUGUCCGUGGACUCCACGCGCCAGCCACCGACCCUGCCCACUGCCGCUGCCGCCUUCCGGAUGGGGACUUUGUUCCAGAGGGCCGCCGCCCAUCGCUCGUAUUCGUCCGGCUCCGGGGCGGCCUGUGUCGGGAAUCCCGCCGUCGGCUCCUUUGGCUUCGUUUCCUUCUUCCGACGUUUUGGAGGAAAAAGGGAAACUGAGGAGCCCAGCCCAAGAGAAACGGAUACUCUCCUUCAAUAGACAUUUUAUUUUGUUUUUCUAACUGCAACUGUGUUUUAACAGACAACUAGGAACUUGUCUCGGACAUUAUGGGAGCCAAUCAGCGUUCUAAAAUGCCAUUUUAUAUUUUAAGCUCUUUUGAUGUGUAUAUAUACAAUAAAGGCUAUUUUGCUACAUCUU